AUGAAUGAUCAUCAAUAUCAAUAUUGGCCCAUUUUUCAAGAAAAUGAUUCUACCAAAGCAUUUUGGAAUAAGAAAUUUGAAUAAAAUAUUGAUUGCUCCAUAAUUUCAUAAUAUUGUAUGAAUCGAAUAACUUGGAAAUGUAGUAAACCUUGUGAAUAUCAAUUUCUAUUGAAUUAAAAUGGAAUACUAUUUUAUUAACAUAAUAAUAAACCUAAGGGUUAUGUAUAACUAAAUCACGACAUUAGUAUUAAAAUUAUAGACCUUAAAAUUUCAAAUAAUAAGAGCGAUCUUGUAAAAGUUAUCAGAAUCAAAAGAACUAAAGACAUCUUCAUUUAUAUUUGGAAUCAAGAUUAGUAAAAUUAUUAUCUAUCUCUUCUCUAGUAAAUCUACCUUCUAAUUCUUUAAGAACUUAUCAUAAUUCUCAUUUAUCUAAAAUCUAGAUUAACUUUACACUCUAUCUGAUGUCAUAGCUAAAGGAGGAUUUUCCAAAGUCUUUUCUCUCACUCCUAAUCUAAGACUACCUAAUUAACCACUUAAUUACGCAGGCAAAAUUUAUAAUAAAGAGGAACUCCUUUAAAAAAAGGAUUCCUAAAAGUUCUAUAAUUUUAUUCGUUCAGAAUGUUAUGUACUUAGGAAACUGAACUCACCUUAUAUACUCAAACUUUAUGAAAUCAUAUAACUUGAUGAAAUGUUAAGUAAUUAUAAAAAUAUAUUUAUUAUAGUUUUAGUAACAGAAUAUAUUAAAGGAGGAUCAUUAUAUUAAUACUUAAAAGACAAAAAGAAAUUAACUGAAAUUGAAUCUAUAUAAAUAUUACUUAAACUUACUAUUGCCCUUUAAGCAGUUCAUAAUAUAGGUUAUGUACACAGAGAUAUUAAAUUAGAAAAUGUAUUAAUUGAUAAAGAUAAUCUAAAAUUAAUUGAUUUUGGUUUCACUGAAAAAAUAUAAAGAGAUAGAUUAUAAAAUGGAUAAGGAACAGCUGGUUAUAUUGCACCAGAAGUAUUUAUGAGAUAACCAUAUUAAGAAGUUGGAGAUGUAUUUAGUUUAGGUGUAAUAUUUUAUUCAAUGUUAUGUGGAAGAGCACCCUUUCGAUCUAAUACAUAUGAUGGAUUAUUGAAAUUAAAUAAGGAAUGUUAAAUUGAUUUUUCAGAAUCUAGAUUUCUUAAUGUCAGUUAAAAAAGUAUUUAUUUGAUGAAGGCUAUGUUAUAAAAAUAACCAGAAAAUAGAAUCAAUAUUUAAGAUUUAUUGGCUUAAUUAUAAGCUCAAACACUAUUUUCUCAUUCAGGCAAUUUUAUAUCAACUUAAUCUAUAAUUGAUGGUUCUGUAGGAUUGAGUUUUAAUCAUUUAUAAUCAAAGAACACUUUGAAAUCUUUUUAUUAAUAAAGUUAAAAUUCUGUAAGUGAAAAUUCAAGUUAAUUUUCAAAUCAUUAAUUAAAACAAAAGAAAAGAAGAUUUAAAAGCUAAAGUAUGGAUAAAAAAGGAUAAUUCCCUAAAUAAUCCUCAUUCAAACCAUCAUUGAAAUAUGUUUAUUAAAUGGAAAUAUAAUAAAGUUAUGAAGAUAAUAUAUCAAUUGGUGAUUAGGAAUAUCCAAUUUAAGAUCAAAAUCUUUAAUUUUUAUAAUUUUCUUAUUAUUAAUUAAAUAGAUAAAAAUUUGUUUGA